CAGCAGCGUCCGUGUUCAAGAUGCAGGCGCAGAAAUGAAGAAUGAACUAGUCGCUGAUUCUUGAUGGUCUUUCAAUCGGUACCGUCACUGCUCGAUGAUUGAAGCGUCGUUGGACCUCGGAUCUAAAGUUUAAGUUCCCUGUGACUGAGAUGCAUUUGAACUGAAUCAAUCUUUCAGUACACAAGAACGGAGGUCUUUUAUUGGGCUCUUGCUCUUAUCCUUCCAGACUCUAGACAUUCAAUUGAUGCAGUGGAGAUCAGCACAAAUUUUGUGCCUUUUCGAGACACAGCAUAGACCAAGGAAAGGAAAUGGCACCCCAGAAGGAAAAGAGUUCUCUCAAGCGUGGCCGGGCCAGUACAGAUCACGACUCGCAGGACUUGAAAAAGCCACGACGAUCGCAAAGUGUUUCAUCCCAGGUGCAAUCGCAAAUAACCCCUGUCAAUAAUGACUACCUUCCCACACCCUUAACUCAUGAAGAGAAGACAACCGCGACAAAUUCCAAAAAUGAAUUGACAGCUACUCCACCAGAUAGUCCAAGCCAGGCGCGUCACCAAGUUUCGUCCAAUCCGGACGCGUUUCACAGCUGUUCAUCCCCGGGAGAUACACAGGCCCUUUCGCAAUUUAUAUAUCCGCCAAGAGCAUUUGCUGACGGUGUCAAUGAUGAGGCUGCUGAAGGAGUAUGGGGAUACCUAAUCCCACUUAAUGACAACGUCCGAGAGUCACUCGUGUUGAGAAAACGCGGUGAUUGCUCUGAUGUGAGAGGCGGAAGUCCCAAGGCGAAGCCUGAAAAACACGUUUGGCGACAAGUUCAGGGCCAUCCCCCCGGCGGUUAUCUUGUUGGUCGUCAUCUGGAGUGUGAUAUGGUCAUCGACAUCCCCACUAUAUCUAAUAGGCAUUUCUUGGUAUUCUCCGAAAAUAGAAAGGGCGGCUUUGUUGCUGUUUUGGAAGAUUUGUCCAGUAAUGGUACCUUUAUCAAUGACGCACUGGUUGGACGGAACAAACAUCGUGAGCUUGAUGAUGGCGACGAGGUUAGCAUCCUAGACCAAGUGCGGUUUGUUUUUCGUUAUCCCAGGACAAGGGACUCGAAUGGCUUCCACCACCAAUAUCGGAUUCUUGAACAGCUUGGAAAGGGCCACUUUGCGACAGUGUAUCUCUGCGUGGAACGAGCCACAGGAUCUCAAUACGCUGCGAAGGUGUUUGAGAGACGUUCAGGUGAUUCACAAAAGUCCCAUGCCGAAACCUUACAGCAGGAGAUAGCUCUAUUGAUGGGUGUCAAUCAUCCCAAUUUACUUUGCCUCAAAGAGGCAUUUGAUGAAAAUGAUGGCGUUUACCUUGUGACAGAGCUUGCCCCUGAAGGCGAACUUUUCAAUUUGAUUGUGAGCAAAACAAAAUUGUCAGAGAGCGAAACUCGCUGCGUGUUUGUUCAACUUUUUGAUGGAUUGAAAUAUUUGCACGAUCGUGGGAUUGUCCAUCGAGACAUAAAACCAGAAAAUAUCCUUCUCAUUGACAAUAAAUUGAGUGUGAAACUGGGUGACUUUGGUCUUGCCAAGAUCAUUGGGGAAGAUUCAUUCACAACCACAUUGUGUGGGACUCCAAGCUAUGUCGCUCCAGAGAUCCUGCAAGAAACACGCCGCCGUAAAUAUACGAAAGCUGUGGAUGUGUGGUCACUUGGCGUCGUUCUGUACAUAUGUCUCUGCGGGUUCCCCCCCUUCUCCGACGAGCUGUACACUGCCGAGAAUCCAUACACCUUAGCUCAGCAGAUCAAAUUAGGUCGUUUCGAUUAUCCUUCCCCAUACUGGGACUCUGUGGGAGAUCCUGCCUUGGACCUCAUAGACAGGAUGCUCACUGUUGACGUGGACAAGAGGAUCACAGUGGACGAGUGUCUACAGCAUCCGUGGCUCACUGGAAAGUACACCAGCAUUUCCGACAGCACAGACAGCUUGACCGGGGCGCUUGGUCAGCUUGGUUUUUCAAGACGCAAGGUUCAGCGCGAAAGAACCUUGCUCAGCAGCAUCAACAACAUUCGGUUUAGUGAGCGUCAAGAAGGCAGUAGUAUACCUGUGAAGGUUUUCCACCAAAAUCGCGCUGGAAAGCGUGUACAUAGUCGUCCGGGGAAAGUCCAUCAACAGCGUGAGGCUCCAUCCGGCAGGGAUCAGGACCCUGAAGAUUUUGUCAACCUUGGAGUCCGUGGAGAUCCGGUUCUCUUUGAAGAGCAAGGAACGGAUUUCCGGAAAAAUGAGUAGCUGACCUUUAUACGCUACCCCCGGGCGAGUGAAUGGUUAAAGUGUAUGGAAAAGGCGACAAAAGCCCUAGGCCUACUACAUAUACCUACACCUCUAGCACAGUGAUGAAAUAUUAAUAUCCAUUACAUCGACUGCAUAUGUACGGAGUACAAAUUACAUUAUUGUUAAGUCCUGUCAGUUGCUGUACGACUGACGGCUUAGUCUAUACUGCCGUGUAAAGCACAAUAGCUAUACAUACUGAAUGACAGGAUAAGCUUAUUUUGCCUAUCGUUUAUAGUACAG